CAUCAUCCGAGUCCCCUUCAAGCCCACGAAAAUGGACGUCAAAGCAAAGAGGUUUUAAUCUACUGUCGAAUAAACGUUGGUCAUACACAUCAUGCCACAUAUCACACAUAGUGAGUUUCUUCUGGAGCAGCUGAAGAGGCAGCGAGAAAGAAGCUUUCUGUGUGACUGCACAAUAGUAUUAGGACAAUCUCAAUACCAGGCACAUCAUAAUGUCCUGGCGGCCUUCAGCGAGUUUUUCUCAACCCUGUGCAUCGACACAGGAAAAGAAGAUGCCACCAUAACUCUGGACCCAGACUGGGUGGACGUUACGGUGUUUGAAAAGCUGUUGACUUACAUAUACACAGGGGACUUGAGCAUGGACAGGGAGGAAAUUGAAAGUGUACAAAAAGCUGCAACCUACCUUGGAAUGCCUGAGGUUGUGGCUCGCUGUUCACUUACCCCAGAUGAGUUGGAAGGUGGUGGUUCACCCAUAAGGCAAACAGAGUAUAUAGAUCCACGAUCACCUUUGAGCCCAGAUGAUUAUGAACCUCUGGAGCCGAUCUCAGAGGUGGAGGAGCGGGAGAAGGAGUGGUUAAAGAAAGGGAUGUCUAAUGAAGAUGACUCCGCCUCUACCGAUGAAGCCCAGUCUUCUAGUGAACAGACCUCCCAUCGAGUUGGCAAUCGAGAUAGAAAACCCAAAACCAGGCUUUAUGAGGAUGACGUUGAAAAGGACAGUAUCAGUGCUCAGAGGGGCAGAGGAAGAGGAAGGGGUAGACCAAGAGGUCGCCCAAGAGUAAGGCCCUUGACUUCUGAUUCACUUGACCAUUCAUCAGCACAGCAAACCACUAGUCCAGUGGGCGGAGUGACGGAGAGAGGAACUGGAAGACCAAGAGGUCGCCCGCGGAUUAGGCCAUUGCCUGCUGACAGAGCUGAUCCUGCUAAUGCUGAAGAUGGUUCUGCCGAUACACAAGAUGUGGAGGGUGAGAGCCCUGUCCGCAAAAGAGGUCGUCCACGAAUCAAGCCCCUGCCUGAUUCUGAAAUGCCCGAGACCACUGCUGAAGCAGAGGGAGGUGGAGAUGAAGAACAUGGAGACAAUCAAGAAAGUGAAGAAGUUCUCGGAGAAGAUGAAAGUAAAGCUGGGAAUGAAGACGGCAGUAUGGCUGAUGUAAAAGAGAAUGCAGAGGGAGUUGUGGUCAUCAAAAGAGGGAGGGGCAGGCCACGGACUAAGCCACUACCCACAGAGAACCAAACAGCGAAUGAAGAGGCAGAACCUAUCAAUCUUGAAGAAGGUUCAGAAGCCGCACAGACAAAGGAAAAGGAAGGUACUGGGCGGAAAAGAGGAAGACCUCGGUCCAAGCCCUCAACAGAAGCAGAGGAAGGUGGAGAAGAAGCAGAUGAAGGUUCUGAGAAACCUGCUGAUACCGAGGAAGGUUCUUCUCAAGCUACAGAAGAUUCUGCGGAGUCGACUCCUUCCAAGAAGGUUCGCAUCAGCACGAGGAAGAGAAGCUUGAGCCAAAAGCUUAAGGAAAGCCAGGCCAGUAAUGAUGAGGAAGAGGACGAAGGAGACGAUGACGACUUUGCCAAUGACAACGAAGACUGGGCAGGAGAAGAGGAAGUGAAGCCCUCGCAGGAUAAACUCAAGCCCAUUUGUAACGUCUGUGGAAACCUCUUUUCAGAAAUGAGCAGCCUGCGCAGACACAUGCGUAUACACAAGGGCCUCAAACCAUACCAGUGCCAGCUCUGCACCCGCUCCUUUAGACAGGGCAACCAGCUGAAGACCCAUAUGCGCAUACACACAGGCGAGAAGCCCUUUUCCUGCACGUCAUGCGACUCGCGUUUUGCGCAGAAGUGUCAGCUGGUCUAUCACUGCCGCAUGCAUCACGGAGAAGAAAAGCCGCACAAAUGUGAUUUCUGCGGUGCAGCUUUUGCCACAUCUAGCAAUCUGAAAAUACACAUAAGGAAGCACAGCGGUGAGAAGCCUUACGAAUGUGCAGAUUGUGGAAAGCGCUUCACACAGGCCAGCACUUUGAUGUACCACAAGCGACGCCACACGGGGGAGAAACCGUACAUCUGCGACACCUGUGGCAUGUCCUUUGCUGUAUCCAGCUCGCUCAUCGCUCACACCAGGAAACACACCGGUGUGACUCCUUAUAUCUGCUUGGAUUGUGGAAAACCUUGCAUAACAUCUGCGGAACUUAGAAAGCAUAUGGACAUCCACAAUGGUUCACGAAGAGUAAAUUGUAACCUGUGUGGAAACAUGUUUGCAGAUGUUUAUAGCUUGAAGAAACACAGUGUUUUAAAACACAAUGUUCUUCCUGACCAAGAGCAAACUACAAAAACCGAGCCAUGUGCUCUCAACAUCCCCAUCGACCACCAAGGCCUGAUUGCACGGGUGCGCUCCGCCCUCAUCGAUUCGCAAGAUCACGAAAUCCAGAUGGAAACGCCUCUUUUGCCACAAGAAGCUUCACUCAUCAUCCAGCAGUCUGCAGAGCCUCAGAUGAUCAUACAGCACGCCGACGGAACAGAACCCUCCAUGAUCAUACAGCACGCAGACGGAACGGAACCCUCCAUGAUCUUCCAGCACAGCGAAUCGGGGGAAGCACCAGUCCUCAUCCAGCACGGAGAAUCGGGCGAGCAAGUGAGCUAUGUCGUGGAACAGUAUGAAAUCCCAGCCUCUGCAGAGAUGGAACACACGCAAAUCGUCAUUGUUCAGACCAUUGAGUAAAGUUCCAGAUUUUUCCUUCCUUAUAAAUGCAUUCUCCAUAUAGUGAAGACAAAGUUAUCCUCCUAGAUGGCCGUCUGGGGAAUUCAGGAAAGCAACAUCUUACCAUACAAAAAGUCCCAUUGGAUAACUUUUUUGUAAGCGUUUGAACGAUGGAAAAAUCUUAGCAGAUAUCAGCUCUUGUAACAGCUCCCAUUUCCUUCAAAGGAGAAUCUGCAUCAUCAAAUGCGUCAAGUAUUUUCUGAAAUGAAGGGAAGGCCACACUUAGCUGUGAAAUUAACGUGCUUAGAAUAUUGUUCAACUUUUGUUUAGUUGUUUAAAAAUACUUUUAUAUUUAACUGAGAGAACAUUACUAUACAUUAUCAUUGAUUUGGUUAUUCUCAUAUGUUGAUGCAUUUGUCUUUUAGAAUCUGUAAAUAUCUAAAAUGUUAUAUGACCUAGUGUCAAAUAUUUCAUAUGCAUUGUGAAAGAAUUAGGAUCGUCUAACUGGGUAACUUUUAUAAUAAAUCCUCUCACAUCUGGA